AAACACGAAUGUCAAGCUCACACACAACAAGACUGAACACAAUGCUUCUACAGAGCCUAUGGGACUUCAUACUGGGAUAUAAUGCGUGGCUCAGAUCACCUUUCUUCCCUGUGCUUUUCUCCCUCAGUGUCUACCUCACCUUCUGCCUGCCCUUCGUGGUGCUGGACCUCCUCUCCCCCAGGCUGGCCUGGAUCAGGACCUUUAAGAUCCAGCAGAAGAGCCAUGUCUCCUGGACCAUGAUGUGGAGCUGCCUGGCUCUCUCCCUCUACAACCAUGUAGUGUUCCUCUUCCCUCUCACUGUGCUGCACUGGUUCUGGAGACCAGCCAGCUUCAUAGCCGAGGCCCCCGGAACGCUGCGUCUCAUCUGGGACGUGGUCGCCUGCCUACUCCUGUUCGACUUUCAAUAUUUCAUCUGGCAUCUGCUGCACCAUAAGGUGCCCUGGCUGUACCGGACAUUCCACAAGGUGCAUCACAAGCACACAUCCACCUUCGCACUGACCACGGAGUACUCUGGGGCCUAUGAGACCCUGUCUCUGGGCUUCUUCGCUGGGGUCAACCCUCUGCUGCUGGGCUGCCACCCCCUGACAGAGAUGCUCUUCUAUGUUCUGAAUAUCUGGCUUUCUGUGGAGGACCACUCUGGCUAUGACCUGCCCUGGUCCACGCAUAGACUGGUGCCCUUUGGGCUCUACGGUGGAGCUCCGCACCACGACCUGCACCAUCUGAAGUUCAAGUUCAACUAUGCUCCGUACUUCACACACUGGGACAGGGUUUUUGGGACAUUGCACAAGCAUUCAGACUGAAUUUAUGCACAGAUGAUUGGACAUCUUGAAUAUCUUUUAUGUUAAAAGGAUGGGAUGCAGAGUGCAUCACUUUGUGAUAUAUUGUAUUAUAUGCUGAUGUUAUUUAGCAUAGUAAAGAUAAAGCUGUAUUUAAGUUAUUUAUUUAAUUAAACGUGUUAUUUAUUAUGGCAUAGCCUGACUGCAGAUUUUCUAUGACUGUUGUAUAUGAAAGUUAUCUCUAAAGAUUCAUGCAAUGGACUCACAUAAAAAAAAAACAGUUACAUUAACCAGUUUAGAGCUGUGAUGCUAGUUUACAGAACUGUCAGAAUGAAUUUGACUGGGAUUGAAUGACUGAAAACUAUUGUGAAUGUUUGUGUUGACUUCUCAGUGCUACUGGGUGAGCAUCACAGAACAAAAUGUUCAGCUGUUUCAAGCUGUAUGCAGUAUUAACAAGAGAUAACCCCCAACAGGUUAGUUACAAAACAAGGAGCAAUAAAAAUUAUGACC